AUAUUGAAAAGCCAUAAACGCUGCUACUAAAAGGAUUUAUGAUUUUUCUAGUUUAAAAGAAAAAAUAUUAAAAAAAAACGGUUAGGUACUUUUGCAAUGGUGCAAUUUAUUUCUUCCGACAUCAUAAUUUUAUUAUUUUUACUAGAUGUCGCAAUCACCUUUGUUCCAAAUGUUCCCGAUGUUAAAAAUCUAUAUCUAAAGGGCGUAGAAACCAGAAGGAAGAAAAACAAAAAAGAUAGAUCCACAUCGUCUUCAGAACAGGCGAGAGGCAAAGACAGCAAGAGUUCGGAUACUGAUAAAGAAAGUUUGGACCUAUCAUCUCAGGAAUUCACGAGUUCAUCCGAUGAAUCAAAAGGUCGACCAGAUAGACCGCAAUCCUCAGAAGAAAGAAGAGGAUGGAGAAAAUGGCAUCGAAAGUGUCCACCUUGUCCGGAAGACAUGGCGAAGAAAUGGCGGGAUCCAACCAUCGAAUGGAUCUGUGGAGGUUACCAGCGAGCCCGGAGAUCCUUCAAAAGCCUUUGUAUGAUGCAAUACCGAAAUUGUCAAGAUGGAACCAUGUUUGUCAAGAUUCACGAUCAAAGAUGCGCGAAUGACACAGGCCGAGAUCAGCGUCGUGGAAUUCAUUUUUUCUAUGAUUAUAAAGUACAGUUGAGUGAGGAUUCAUCAGAGAGCACUGCAAGCUCCAGUAGUUUCACCGAAGACAGUUCCGAUUGGUAAUAGAUUUAUACGAAUAUAAAAAAAAAUUGAAGAAAUGUUUAAAUUUGAAAAUCAUUGAUGGAUGACCACCACUUUUGAAGUUUUUUGAGAAAUAAAUUUUCUUACACUA